UCACUCCCUCAUAAACCCUUGCCAAACCCUCCUCUCUCCCGUCCCCGCCUCUCUUCAUCUUUCUUAAACCCUAAAAAAUCCCCAAAUCAUAUUUGGGGUUUCUCUCUCAAAACCCUAAAAUGUUGUCAACAAUUCUAAGAAGAUCAUCCUCUUCUUAUGCGUUAGCCCCAAAUCGGGCUAUAGCCGCCAUAACCCUCCUACACCACCUCCAAUUAACGCCUGCCACGUCACCAGUUCCUUCCAGAAAUGGGUCUCUUCCCGGUGAGAUUAGACCCUUUUCUUCAUUUCUUACUUCUCCAACUAUAUCUAGAGACUUUCAUGUAAAAUCUGGGCCGUUGGAUUUUAAGGCGAGUUCGGUGACUCAAGCUGGGAUCGCUGUAGCUGAUUAUGGCUCUGAUGAGGAGAAAGGGAAAGGGAGCGAAGAAGGGCUUGAAAUUUCAAAUUUAGGGAUUUCUAAAGAGAUUGUUAACUCUUUAGCUAAAAAAGGGAUAACUAAACUGUUUCCCAUUCAGAAAGCAGUGCUUGAACCGGCAAUGCAAGGGAAGGACAUGUUUGGCCGAGCUCGAACAGGAACAGGAAAAACACUUGCUUUUGGAAUCCCUAUACUCGAUAAAAUUAUAGAAUUUAACAAGCAACAUGGGAAAGGGAGGAACCCGUUGGCAAUGGUUAUGGCUCCAACAAGAGAACUUGCAAGACAAGUACAGAAGGAGUUUCAUGAUUCUGCGCCUAGUUUGGAUACCAUAUGUUUAUAUGGGGGUGUUCCUAUUUCAAGCCAAAUGAGGGAGCUUGAAUAUGGUGUUGAUGUUGUUGUUGGCACACCUGGUCGUAUUAUUGAUCUGAUGAAGAGGGGUUCGCUUAAUUUGUCAGAAAUUAAGCAUGUUGUUCUUGACGAAGCUGAUCAGAUGCUUGGUGUGGGAUUUGUUGAUGAUAUUGAGACAAUCUUGUCAAGGUUACCUAAGAAGCGGCAUAGCAUGUGCUUCUCUGCUACAAUGCCAAGUUGGAUCAAACAACUUGUUAGGAAGUACCUAAAAGAUCCACUGACUAUUGAUCUUGUUGGAGAUUCUGAUAAAAAGCUGGCUGAUGGAAUUACCCUCUAUUCAAUAGCUUCAGACAUGUAUGCAAAAGCAUCAAUUCUUGGUCCUCUGAUUACAGAACAUGCAAAAGGAGGAAAGUGCAUUGUUUUUACUGAAACAAAGCGUGAUGCUGAUCGAUUAGCAUAUGCCAUGGCAAAGAACCAUAAAUGUGAGGCUUUACAUGGAGAUAUUUCACAGAAUGUGAGAGAAAGGACACUUUCAGGCUUCCGAGAGGGACAUUUCAAUAUUCUAGUUGCCACUGAUGUUGCGGCUCGUGGUCUUGAUGUCCCUAAUGUUGAUCUGAUAAUACAUUAUGCACUUCCUAGAUGUUCAGAGACUUUUGUUCAUCGAUCUGGCCGUACUGGUCGUGCUGGGAAGAAGGGAACUGCAAUUCUUAUUUAUACUCAAGAUGAUGCCAGGCAAGUCAAGUUAAUUGAACGGGACACAGGGUGCAGAUUUUCAGAGCUCCCUAAAAUCGCUGUUGAUGGUGCAAGCUUAGACAUGUACAAUGACUUGGGUCGUGGACGAUCUAACUCAUCUGGAGGGUUUGGUAACCGUGCAUAUGGAUCUGGGCAAGGCUCCAGGAAUUCUGGCUUUGGCCGUUCUAGUGGCCAAUUUUCUGGAUCCAGUCAAGGUGGUUAUAACAGAAACAAACCAGGGAAUUUUGGUCGUUCUGGCAGCUUUGGUGAGUCAGGUAGAUCAGACCGUUCAAGCACUUUUGGGGACUUUGGUUCGGGCCGUUCAAGCACUUUUGGGGACUUUGGUUCGGGCCGUUCUAGUGGAAAGCAGAAGGUUCCUGUUUUUGAUCCUUUUGGGGACUCUGACUAGUGAUGGCAUUGACAACAAGAGAAUACAAUCCCGACCAAGUGAAAAGGUAAAGAGGUAAAGAAAUGACCACAUGAGAAAACGGAGAUUAAAAGUAUGAUACGAAGCAGAAGAAGGGUUCGUGGCAUGGCUUUCAGGGCUGCAUGUGGUGAGAGGAAUUGUUACUAAUAUUUCUAGCUAUUUUAGUUUAAAACGCUGUCAUUUUACCUGUUUUGCUGUUUAUAUUUAAGCUCAUGAUUAUUGUAUGAAGAUAAAAACAAGCUCUCUAUCGUUAAGACAAUCUGAGAAGAGCUUUCAUAUGUAAUCAAUCUAAGAGUAGCUUUUUUGUUUGUUUUUGCUA